AUGGAAGGGGUGCAAAUACAAAGUUCAGCGAAUAAGAAGGAGAAACUACGAGAAGUAGGUCUAGCCGUACAACCAACAUCGAAAGCUGCAAAACCGCAAAACAUGGCCAAGAAGAGUUACCAACACCAAUCGAGACAAUGCAUUACAUUCGCCAUGGGAAGAUUAGCCGACCAGAUUUUAGAAGCAUGCAAUGUAGCACUAUAUGCGGCAGCCACAGCAGCAGUUAGAGCCAACGAAGACGCCAGCCAUAUCAAACAAGACCAAGGAGAGAAACUGAUAAAGAAAAUAGCGAAUAAGAUCAAGAAAAUCAACAAACUCAGAAGAGCAUUAGAAAGUACAGUAGAUAAGAUCAAGAAGAAUAUGAAACCAGCCAGAUACGUAGUUAAACUAAUCAAAAGACAGUAUAUGACGUUCAAUGCGAACUGUGUAGAAGCGAAGAUUAAGAGUUUACAAGCGUUGAAGACUGGAUACAUAGACUACAUCAAAAAGAUAAGAGAAGAAGCAAAGUUUAGAUACAUUAAUGAAAUGAUGCUAAAAGAUGAAAGCAAAGCAUACUCAUUAAUCACUGGGAAGAGAACAACAACCAAUAACCAAAACAACACGCAACAACAGGAAAUACACACAACAACGAGAGCAUUUGAGUUCUGGAGCCAACUCUGGAACCCACCAUCUACGGAAGCAACCAACUACGACGAGCUUGAAUGGAUACAAAGAGUGAAAGAUAGCAACCAAUUCAAGAGCAUCAAAGAGACCAAGUUUGAAAUCGAAGGAGCUGACAUAUCCAACUACAUUAAAAACAAGAAGAACUGGUCAGCUCCAGGCCCAGAUGGAAUUUGCAACUACUGGAUUAAGAGGAUUAAGAGAUACCAUGAGGACUUAGCCGAAGCCUUCAAUGCGUACCUACACUUGGAUAUCAUGAAGUUCCCUAAAUGGUUCUGUGAAGGAAUAACAUACCGGAUCCACAAGGGAGGUGACAAAGAGGACGAAGCCUAUUACCGACCAAUCACAUGCAUUAACAACACAUGUAAGAUAUUAACAGGAAUAGUAGCCAAGCACCUCCACCAGCACACCAAAGUCAACAACCAACUGAUGGAAGAAGUACAGAGAGGUGGAAUGACCGAUAAAGUGCCAUUCCGCAAGAGAGUCCAUAGAGCACAUUGUAUCCUCAUGCCACGCGAUGAAACUACUAUGUAUAGUACCAAGACACAACAUGGUAGUGAAAGUGAUACUCAAAGAGAUGCUGAAGUUCCACAGAAUACCUUACAAGCCAGGCGCAGUCUACCAGUCAGACACCAUUGA